AUGGCUAGGCUUACCUUAAAUCUCUUAAGACGAGCAAACGCCAUUAAUCCGCAGCUCGUGCCGCUACUAAAAGCGACUCGUUCGUUACAAUUAGCCAUCGCCGAACUACGAUGGAUUAAGCAGGAACUUCCGCGUAGUCAAUGGACCGAUGCGAUCCGGAAACGGGCUCAAUUGGUUCCGCUUCAGUACAUUUUGGGCUCCCAGCCGUUUGGCUCGUUGGAUAUCCUCUGUUCGCCGGGUGUUCUUAUUCCUAGAUGGGAAACGGAGGAAUGGUGUAUGAAACUCGUAGACGUAUUGAGAUCGGCAGCGGUCUCGGACAUUUCGGUUCUCGAUGCAUGUACGGGAAGCGGGUGCAUUCCGCUUCUAUUGAAGAAAGAGCUUCCUGCUCUACAGGUACUUGCCGUAGAUUUGAGCGACAAGGCGUUGCACUUGGCACUGGAGAAUAUGAGAAGGGCAAACGUGACGAUAGAUGUACAGAAAGUUGAUGUGCUCAACUAUAAUGCUGUCCCGGAGCAGAGGUUCACCCUUGUGACUUCCAAUCCGCCAUACAUCCCGGCCUCGGACUUCGACAAGCCUUUAUUGUUGAAUGGCGUCGAUGCGUCCGUACGACUCCAUGAACCGCGGAUGGCAUUGGUGGGCCAUUUGGAGUUUUAUCGUGCUCUAGCGAGGGACAUCGUUCCAGCGUGUCACAGUGAAGGAGUAGUUCUAGAGCUCGGGUAUGAAGACCAAUACUUGGAGACAAUUGCAAACUUACCCCUGAACUGGAGCCACGGGCGGUACUUUGAUCUGGCUGGAAAUCUCCGUUGUGCUAUUGCAUGGAAGAACGGCUCUUCGAUGGAGUGCCUUGGACGUCUUGUUAACGAAAAUCAAUCACAUCCUUAA